UGAACAUUAUGACAAGCAUCUUCAGUAACAUAACAUUGUGAAACUCGAGUCUUUAACUUAACAGAAUGACAUUGUGAUGAGAUCUGACACUGAUUGUAAUACAUCUCAGUGCAUCUGACCACUGUGAAGCCAUCAUAUACAAACAGCUAAAAGAGGAAGGAAAACCAAUACCACUUCCUUUUUCCCCCUCAAUGCAUGAAUAUGAGUACGACUACAGUACCGGACGCCAACAUUUUCACUUGCUCACCUCUGAGGCUGAUUACUAACACGUUGGAGUCCGUUCACAGCACCACACCCACCUUUGUUUUUGAGGGAAAAGCUGCUGACUGGAACAACACAGGCCGAACACUGUGCAGACAUGGAAGCUGUAGUUGCACUGUUGCUGGUGUUGCUUAGAGUCUCUCAUGGUUUCAAAACUCAGUGUGAUGGCAGACAGGAUGGAGCUCAGUGUUAUGGACCUUUGGGAGGAACUGUGGACAUCCAGCUGAUAGACAGCACUUCAGAAAUGCCUAGAUACCAACUUUCAAAGAAUACAUUAAAAAUACUAGAUGUGAGAAAAAAUAAGGUUAUUUCUAAUACCAUAGGAGAUAGAUAUACCCUUUUUCUCAGCAAUGGAACAUUUAGGGUCAAUAACCUGAGCAGCACAGACAGUGGUAAAUAUACCCUUCAAACAUUUAAUUUAGAUGGAACAUCAUCAGGCGAGCAGACUUUGCAGUUGUUUAUUCAAGAGACUAUAAAGAAUGACCAAGAUACCAAUAAAAAAAAAAAAACGCAUCUGCGUGUGUUUCUCUCAGCUCCUGUGUCCUCUAUCCUGCUGCUCUCUGAGUGUCUGUCCCAGGGCGAGAGGAGAGUGUCCUGCUCCUCUGAGAGAGCGAACAGUCCUCAGUACAGCUGGACUCUGGAUGGACGCACACUGACAGAUGCUGAGCUCCUUUCUGGAAAUCAUGAGAGUAACAUCAUCACUCUGAAACAGCACGUCUCAGGAAAUCUGGUCUGCUCAGUCAGGAACAAUGUCAGUAAUGUCUUCAAAGAGGAGAGAAUAUCUACCUGUGGUUAUAUUUAUAUUAACUGUACUUCUGUCAAUGGGACACAGAUAUUAAGGUGGGUGUAUAAAGCUAAUAACACCCUGUGUACGCAACCAAAACAGACUUCUGUGGGUAAGAAAAAAGAAACUGCCAUCAGUGAUGAGCCAUGGUAUAUUAGAAAUUUGCCACUGAUAGGUGGUGUUCUCUCAGUUCUGGUAAUUUUCUUGGUUGUUGGUGUAGCAGUCAUAUGUGCUUGGAGGAAAAAACAAAACAGCAAACCUACAAAAAAGGAGGAAGAAGAUGACCAGGAGGUCUUUGGUGAUGUCAGGUUUGUCAAAAGGCCGGCAAACCAAGCUGAGAAAAAAGCGGAGGUGGAGUACGGCCAAGUCAAGUCUGCAAAGCGACCUCGGAAGCCUGAACCAACAGAAACUGAUUGUGUGUAUGCUAACGUCCAUAAAGUCAAGUAAUGAAGUGCUCAGUGGUUUUGGAUAGACAGCUCCACUGAAAGUAGCUGGAGUGAGGAGCUGAUGUUAAGAAACCUAAAGGUCCUUCAUUUAAUUUAUUGGAUUAUUUUACUGUCACUGCACUUCUUUAUUAUAUCAGGUGAUCAACGCAUCUACUGUUAUGUGACCUCUGGAUUUAAUUAGAAAACACUGAGUGUUUUCUGCAUCUGUACUCUGUGGAAGCCAUAACAGAACGAAGGUUAUGAUUGCUAUUUUUUAGUGUUUCUCUUUUAACUUGAACUUGACUAGUUCUUGGUAAAGGUUUGACCAAUGUGUAAAUGGAGACAUGAUAAGGAGAAGGCACUUUAACAUUUAUGAAAAUAUGACUGUAAAUAAAGAUUCUUUUGUACCACACA